GCAAAAAUGAGGAAAGCAAAAGCAGAAGGUUUGUUAACACCUUUAAAGGGCAAGACAACAGCACAGAAAGAAAAUAUUCUUCGAGGCUUAGCUCAAAACGGUAUUCCCCUUCCUGAAGGGCAAACUAAGUCUGAAAAAAAAAUUAUUAAUAAGGUAAGGGCCGAUCUCGGAUUACCGCCGGAACCAAAAACUUCAACUGAAAAAACUAAAUACAACAAAGCAUUCGCUUCUGGCAUUAUAACUCCAUUAGAAGGGAAAACGCCCCAACAGAAAGAAGACAUACUAAGGAAACAAGCUGAACUUGGUAUACCUCUGCCCCAAGGAAGGACAGCAUCAGAAAAGGCCCUUAUAGCAAAAAUUCAAGAGACUGUAAGACCACCGUCAGCGAUAAGAGUCCCUUCGGAAAAAAUGAGGAAAGCAAAGGCUGAGGGAUUGUUAACACCGUUAAAAGGCAAGACAGCAGCACAGAAGGAAAAUAUUCUUCGAGGUUUAGCUCAAAACGGUAUUCCCCUUCCGGAAGCCAAAACCAAAUCUGAAAGAAAAAUAAUAGACAAGGUAAGAGCUGAUCUUGGAUUACCCCCCGAACCAAGAACUUCAGGUGAAAAAAGCGCAUACAAAAAAGCUUUAGUAGCAGGUAUAAUAACGCCAUUAGAAGGGAAAACGCCCCAAGAGAAAGAAGACAUACUAAGAAAACAAGCGGAGAUGGGAGUUAUACUCCCACAAGGACGCACGCCUUCUGAAAAAGCUAUCAUAGCUAAAAUUCAACAAACCGUUAAGCCGCAUCCAGAAUUAGAAGAAGCUUUUCCAACAGGGAAUCUAGCAGAAAAAGAGAAAGCUUUAAAAAAUCUAGUAGUACAAGGCAAAAAUUUGCCAGCUGCCAGAACACCAUCAGAAGAAAAAAUUCUAAAUAAAGUUCGACGUGACCUAGGUUUACCUCCUGAACCAAAAUCUCGAUCGGAAAGGGAACGAUAUAACCAAGCAAUGGCAGCAGGUAUAAUAGAGCCAUUGGAUGGUAAAACUAGGCCUCAGAAAGAAAGAAUUCUUCAAGCGCAAGCUGAUAUGGGUAUUCCUUUACCGGUAGGUCGAACAGCAUCAGAAAAGGCUUUAAUUAAGGAUAUAAAAUCAGGUAAGAGAAAGCGAGCUAAAUCAUUACCACCAGCGGAGUUAAAAAAAUUGGAAACAAAAACAGCUAAAAAAAUGAAGGAAGGAAAAGGGCCAAGCGAUGAAUGUAUAUGUGAUAUACUUACACCAGAAACAGAAAAAAUUGCUAUCAAGUCACGCGUACCAUCAGAAAAAAUUCGAAAAGCUAAAGAAGCUGGCUUACUGACGCCACUUGAAGGUAAAUCUGCAAAGGAUAAGGAGAGGAUACUUAAAAGUCUGGCUAAAGAAGGACUACCAUUACCUGAACCUAAAACUGUGUCUGAAAAAAAAUUAAUAGAUAAAAUAAAAACUGAAAUGGGUAUACCUGUUACAGCAAUUACUUCGGAAAAAUUGCGUAAAGCAAAAGCAGCGGGCUUAAUGACACCUUUAACAGGUAAGUCACCAAAAGAAAAAGAAAGAAUAGUUAGAAGCUUAGCAAAAGAAGGACUUCCGUUACCUGAACCAAAAACUGCUUCUGAAAAGAAGUUAAUAGAGAAAGUAAAAACAGAAAUGGGUAUGCCCCCAGCAGUCCCUUCUGAAAAACUCCGUAAAGCCAAAGAAGCUGGCUUACUUACACCCCUGAAAGGUAAAACUACAAAAGAACAAGAGAGGAUUGUAAAAGGUUUGUUAAAAGAAGGGUUACCCUUGCCUGAGGCAAAGACUGCGUCGGAAAAACAACUUAUAUCAAGAAUAAAAAAAGACUUGGGUAUUCCCGUAGGUGGGAUAACAUCCGAAAGGCUUCGAAAAGCGAAAGCAGCAGGUUUAAUAACACCUUUAGAGGGAAAACCAAAAGCUCAUAAAGAAAAAAUAUUAAGAGGAAGAGUUGCAGCAGGUUUGCCAUUACCGGAAGGAGUAACUGCGUCAGAUAAAGAAUUAAUAAAGAAAAUAAAAGCGGAAACUGGAUACAUAACACCACUUCCUUCUAAAAGUAAAUCAAUGGUACCAAAAAUUCCAUCAGAAAAAAUAAAAGCUGCAAAAGCAGCUGGUCUUUUAACUCCAUUAACUGGGAAAUCUGAUGCUCAGAAAGAGAAAAUCUUAAAGGGUUUAGCAUUACAUGGCAUCCCUCUUCCUAAAGGAGAAACACCUUCAGAAAGAAAGGUUAUUGCUAAAGUGCGUAAAGAUUUAGGUCUUCCAUCAGAGCCUCAAACACCAUCUUUAAAAGAAAAAUUUCGCCUAGCACAUGAAAUGGGUAUUAUGACUCCUCUUGAAGGAAAGACACCAUCACAAAAAGAAAGAAUCUUAAGAAAACAAGCUGAAAUGGGAAUUCCCCUACCAGAAGGUAGAACGGCUUCGGAAAAAGAGCUUAUUAAGAAAGUAAAGACAACAACAGUUAAACCAAUACCUUCUGAAAAGUUACGCAAAGCCAAAGAAGCGGGAUUACUAACACCACUUCAAGGAAAAUCUCAAAAAGAAAAGGAAAAAAUAUUGAAGGGAUUAGCGAAGGCUGGUUUACCAUUACCUGAAGGAAAGACGGCAUCUGAAAAGCAAUUAAUUAGAACAGUAAAAGCAGAUAUGGGUAUACCUCUAGGCGGAAUAUCAUCAAGUAAACUUCGUAAAGCAUUAGCAGAAGGUUUAAUUACACCUUUUGAAGGAAAGUCGCCAGCUCAAAAAGAAAAACUAUUAAAAGGAAGAGUACAAGCAGGAUUACCUUUACCUGAAGGUGUUUCACCAUCCGAUAAGGCUCUAAUCAAAAAAAUUAAAGCUGAAACAGGAUAUGUGACACCCCAGACAGAAAAAUUAAAACGUGUAAGCGAAGUAGCUUUUCCGAAAGGACCUUCAGCCGAAAGAGAAAAAGUUUUAAAAAACUUAGUUAUGCAAGGGAAACGUUUACCAGAAGCAAAAACACCUUCUGAAGACAAAAUACUAAAUAAAGUUAGACGUGAUCUAGGUUUACCACCCAUACCCAAAUCACAAGUAGAAAGAGAUAAUUAUAACCAAGCAAUAGCCGCAGGUAUUAUAGUACCAUUGGAAGGUAAAACAAAGCCCCAAAAGGAAAAAAUUCUACAAACCCAAGCUGAUAUGGGAAUUCCAUUACCAGAGGGCCGAACAGCAUCAGAGAAGGCUUUAAUUAAGGACAUUAAAUCCGGUAAAAGAAAGCGAGCGAAAUUAUUACCACCAGAAGAAUUAAAAAAAUUGGAAACAAAAACAGCUAAAAAAAUGAAGGAAGGAAAAGGGCCAAGCGAUGAAUGUAUAUGUGAUAUACUUACACCGGAAGCAGAAAAAAUUGCUAUUAAGUCACGCGUACCAUCAGAGAAAAUUCGAAAAGCUAAAGAAGCUGGCUUACUGACGCCACUUGAAGGUAAAUCUGCAAAGGAUAAGGAGAGGAUACUUAAAAGUCUGGCUAAAGAAGGACUACCAUUACCUGAACCUAAAACUGUGUCUGAAAAAAAAUUAAUAGAUAAAAUAAAAACUGAAAUGGGUAUACCUGUUACAGCAAUUACUUCGGAAAAAAUGCGUAAAGCACGAGCAGCUGGAUUAUUAACUCCAAUAACAGGAAAAUCAGAUGGUGAAAAAGAAAGAAUUUUAACAGGAUUAGCUAAAAAUGGAAUUCCAUUGCCAAAGGCACAAACGUCAUCUGAAAAAAAAAUUAUAGAAAAAGUACGAAAGGAUCUCGGCUUACCACCGGAACCAAAAACAUCAUCGAUAAGACGGAAAUAUGAUCAAGCCCAUGAAGCUGGUAUAAUAACUCCACUUGAAGGAAAAACCAUGGCUCAGAAAGAAAAAAUUUUAACAGAACAAGCUAAAAUGGGAUUACCUUUGCCAGAAGGGCGUACACCGUCUGAAAAAGAUCUGAUUAAUCGAAUACGUAAAAGUGUGCCAAAGAAGAAAUCUGAAAUAAUUGGGGAAAUAGGCGGCAUCCCAAUUACAGCUUCUAAAAGAGAAGCUUUCCAGAAAGCGAAAAAGGAGGGCUUAUUAACACCUUUGAAGGGAAAGUCAAUCGCUGAAAAAGAAAAAAUUGUUAGAGGAUUAGCGGAUGCUGGUUUGCCCUUACCGGAAGGAAAAACACCAUCGGAAAAAGUGUUGAUACAAAAAGUUCGCACUGCUUUGGGCCUUCCUCCUGAACCCACACCUUCUGAAAGACAAGGUAAAAUUAAAACAAAAUCGAAAAAAAUUGGUGUCGAUAGAGCUAAAAAGAGUGAAGUAGCAAUUGGUGUUGGUAAAUCUAAAAUAGGCAUAAAAGAAGAGUUUCAGGAUAUUAUAAAAACCACUACUUGUGACCGUGGUUGUGGUUGUGAUCGAAAAAAAAUAAGGUUUAAACAUAGUUAUGUAAAAAUACGAGUUACAUCUCCGGAUAUAUCAUCGUUAUGCCCUUGUCCUGACGAAUGCGUACCGGGAGUAAAAGGUGGUGUAUUCACUGAUAAUGAAGGUAUAAAAGUCACAGUAGGUCAAGUAAGUGCAGCGCCUUCAUAUACUUCCAAAGAAUAUAUUAAGACUGAGAGUACUAAAUUGGAGAUUAAAUACCAAAACGACAAAGCUAAAUUUUCUUCUAUUUCAAGUGAAUCAAUCAAAAUGAAAUCAAAAAAUCAAUUAAAACAUACUAGCAAUUAUAGUGAAAGCUUAAGUGAAACUUAUAUUUUUAUUAAAUCAUCGGAUGAAUCAAAUGAUUCAAAACUAAGUAUUGAUAUAUCAACAGUUAUAGGUGCUUUUGAAUCCACACUUUUUUCUUCGUCUUCUAAUAAAAGCAUACUUUCAAAAUCAAUAAGCAUUAUAUCCAUCACAGUCUCAAAUUGUUCAUCAAAUUCUGCAUAUCUAAUUGAAAGAACUUUGGACUAUUCUUCACAAUCAGAUGAGAGUAUAACAGACUUGGACAUUAUUGAUCAAGUGAAACAUUAUGGGAUUGCAAGAAUGCAUUCCACGACGUUCGACACUGAUUUAGAUACCGAUUUAGGAUCCAAUAACAUUCUUAAUGACCAUCCAACAAUACAGAGAUUAUCUACUAUAAAUAAUAUUUAUAAUUGUGCAUGUAAGACGACUCAUCCCAAUUUAGCGAGUAUAAUAAGUAAAAUAUUAUCUCAGCAAGCUUUAAGUGAAAACUCAUCGCUUUAUGUUCUGCUUCCAACAUCAUCAGAAAACAGUUCUACCCGUGUAUAUUGCAACAGUGAAGUUAGUUCAACAAUUUGCAUUCAGCUUUCUGAAAAACCUGUAACCAGCAAGGGAUGUUUUGACAAUAGCUACCAUAGUGAAUUUCUACAAAGUAAACCGAAAAAGUUAUAUGGCUUCAAGAUAUCUGCAAAAGGCAGAAACAGAUUAACUGAAAGGCACAGAGUUCCGGGAGAACUAGUAACCAUUAAGCCAGAUGUACUUAAGAUGAAGGGAUGUAUAGAAAUUUCUACUGACACUACUGAAGAUCGGCCCUGUUGUUGUGAUAUCGUUAAUGAAAAGCCUUUACAAAAAACAGAAAUGACAAAUGUAAUAUCAGAAUUAGUGAUUCCUUUCAUCAAUAAUGAUGCCUUAUCACAAGGGUUAAAUCGUGAAAAUUAUGAAUGCUGUCAUGAAAUGAUAAGAAAGAAGGAUAUCUCAUAUAGAACAAAAAACUUGGGUCCUAAUCAAACACCAGUACGACUUUGUAAAACACCAUCUUGUGGCAAUUUUUCUGCACCUCCUACACAACAUAUUCCAAAUUCGCCAUUAAAUUCAAAUUUAAAUCAAAUACCAACUUCUAGUAAACAAUGCGAAUGCAAUUUUGAACAACUUAAAGAAAUUUUAGAAAAAAUUGGAAGAGAUCUUGCCUCAAAGUCUUGUGGUACUUCCACUGAAAGAAUUGACACUAAAGUGGUUAAACCGAUUAUGAAAAACCCAAAUCUUCAACAGUCAUCUAAAAGCCAGGAUUGCAUAUCCUGUGGUUCUCGCAGUAAAGAAGAAUUAAAAAGGCAAUGUCCUUGUGAGCGACACGCAUCAAAAAGUAAAAAUUUGGAAAAACAUACACCGCCAAGACCUAUCUAUGAAAUUAACUCAAACCCUGACUUUAAUGAGAAGAAAAAGAACAAAAAGAAAGAUAAAAAACAUAUUUGUGAAUGUCCUCCAUUACCUCAAGAAGAAUUCGACCCAAUGGUUUUGAUUGAUGAAGACCAAAUAAGAAGAAUGAAAUCAGAUUUAACCCAAAACAUGUCUGGAUUCAAAAUAAUUAGCGUACCAAAAGUGCCCGAACCAGAAAUGAGUUUUGAAGAAGCUUUAAGUUAUGUUAUACAAAGCGAUCGAGAUAAAUAUGGAAAACUGUUCUGUCUAUGUAACGAAAAGCAUGGACAAAAGAAAAAAGCAGAUUGUGAAUGCCCUCCUGACGUUGUGCCUGAAAAGAGCCUCGAAGAACUUAAAGGAAUUAAGCUUCACAUAGGCGGUAAGGGUUCUUCCUCAAGAGGAUUAAGUGGUAUAUUAUGUUUUCAACUCAUAGAUGACUAAAAUUUCAUAUGUUUAAGUUCUAUCAUCCGCCAUCGUGUUCAUGUUUACUGCACUUGUUCUGUUGUGUUAAUCCUAAAUUAUUCUAUGGUAUAUUAUGAAUAAACAUUGAGUUCGUAACUUCGUUUCUGUUAAAAAAAAUGUUUUUAGUAGUAGUGAAGAAUGGUAUGCUUGUG